CGCUUGUGCGCCGUUCUUUUCGUUCCGACGCAUCUUUCUUGCCGCCCGGUACUCCAAAGGCCCACGUGUGGAAUAAGUUCUUAUUUCGCAUUUAAAGUUCACCACAAACAUUCAGACCAGAUGUCGUCGUCUUUUGAGCAGAUGAGGGCGAACGUGGGGAAACUCCUGCGGGGUAUCGACAGGUACAACCCAGAAAACCUUGCAACGCUGGAGCGCUACGUAGAGACACAAGCGAGAGAAAACGCCUAUGACCUGGAGGCAAACCUGGCUGUGUUGAAGCUGUACCAGUUUAACCCUGCCUACUUUCAGACCCUUGUGACCUCACAGAUUCUGCUGAAGGCCCUGACCAACCUGCCACACACUGACUUCACUCUCUGCAAGUGCAUGAUUGACCAGACACACCAGCAAGAGGAACGUCCGAUCAGACAGAUCCUGUACCUGGGGAACCUGUUGGAGACAUGUCACUUCCAGAGUUUCUGGACGAGUCUGGAGGAGAACCGAGAGCUCAUCGAUGGCAUCACUGGGUUUGAGGACUCUGUGAGGAAGUUUAUUUGCCACGUUGUAGGAAUCACCUACCAGACCAUUGAGCACCGGUUACUGGGUGAGAUGCUGGGAGACCCUCUGGACACUCAGGUGAAGGUGUGGAUGAACAAGUACGGCUGGACGGAGAACGAGGACGGACAGAUCUUCAUCUUCAGCCAGGAGGAGAGCGUCAAGCCCAAGAACAUCGUGGAAAAGAUCGACUUUGAGAGUGUGUCCAGCAUCAUGGCUACAUCUCAGUGAUGAAACUCACAGAAGACCUUCACCUCACACCAACUCACAGCAAAUCUGACCGUGGCAUGAACUUUCAUAUUCAAAACUUUCUCAAUAAAACGUAUUUAACUUGUACAAGC